UAAUGUUGUCUUGUGUUUGCAUUCUAUUCCUGUAGCUGUGAGUUAUGAUGAUAUCAUUCUCCCCAGACUGGCGAUACACAUGUCAAACUAUGGCGGCGCUUAAUAAGGAUAUUUACUAUAGUCUUCUAAAUUUGGUAAAUCCAUCUCUAAUCCGCGGCUGUUGGUUUGAUCUUUAAACAAAUGCUUUCAUUGGAAGUGACAAAAGGGUCAUCUGAAUAGAAGGUGCUUGAGGACUAUGCGACUGUGCUAUCGAGUGGAUGACAGACACUGGGACACUGAGGUCUAAACCUACAGAUGGGAGAGGGAGAGUGCUGAUGCAUUUGGGACAAUACAAGUCACAUCCAUGGAUCUUAAGAAUAAGGAACUUUGCUGCAUAUCAUGUCCUGCACUGGAGAAGAUUUCCUGUAACCAUUAUGCAUCAUGAGCUAUUUCUUGGCUUUCUGCAAGUCCCAUCAUGGUUCGGUGUUUACUCAGUACCAGAUUCUUCGAUCUUAUGGCCACCUGUGUGAUGUGUCUCUCGUAGUGGAUGGACAUGAGUUCCCAGCACACAAGUCCUUGCUUGCUUGCUCAAGUGACUACUUCAGGGCAAUGUUUAAAGACUAUACAAGGGAAUCCAAAGCCUCUGUCAUCCAUCUAAAAGUCAUUACAGCAACAGGUCUUCAAAAUAUAUUGGAUUUUAUAUAUACAUCAUGGCUUUCUCUUUCCAUGAAUACUUUGGAAGACACAUUGGAAGCCGCAACUUACCUGCAAGUGAUGGAUGCAAUACCGUUAUGCAGCAAGUAUGUCAUCAAUAACUGUGACUUGGAAAACUGUUGUUUUUGUGCAAAUAUUGCAUUAAAGUAUUAUCUUCUAGAUGCUUUUGUGGAAAUAGAGAAGUACAUUAAUCAACAUCUUUGGGAGUUGUUACAAGAGGAUAUACAAGAGACUGAGCUGCUGGAAUUAAAUGCAAAGACGAUGAUCAGGCUAAUGCAGUCAGACGAUAUUCCAAAGGUGACUGAACAGUGUCUUAUGGAUUUGCUUCUAAAGUGGCUGAAGUAUGACAGAACCAGGCUGUUACAUGCUAAGGUGCUUUUUGAAAAUGUACGCUUUGGGCUCCUGUCACUGGAAACCCUUCGAAAACUCUACACACAGACUGCGGUUCCUUUAACACCAUCUAUCAAAAGUCUCAUUAUAAAAGCGAUCAAUUAUCAUUCAUUCCCUUCAAAGCAACCCAUCUUACAAGACAAGUAUAGCACCCAAAGGAACCAAAAGGGAUGGAUUCUACUAGUAGGAGGAACUGCCAAUGGAGAACUAGUGGAGAACGUUCUAGGCUUUGAUGUCUAUAGUCAUAAGUGGAGAAUGGUGACAAACCUGAAGAUGAAGGUUCAGCAUCACUGUACAUGUGUAAUCGGUAACUUUUUAUAUGUGCUGGGGGGAGAAACACCUGAAAAUCCAGAGAACAAUUUGAGCAGCACUUGUAUGUCGCCUACGAAUAUUGUUUAUCGCUUCGACCCAAGGUUCAGUCAAUGGAUGCAAGUCUCUGGAAUGUUGGAGAAAAGAGCUCAGUUCUCUUGUUGUGUUGUAGAUAACCAAAUAUUUGCAAUAGGUGGAAGGGGAGAUCGGAUGACUUUACAUUCAACAGUGGAAGUCUAUGAUAUAAGCAGAGAUACAUGGACAAAGUCUAAAGAGCUUCCUUUCAAAAUCCAUGGUCAGGCCAGUGCUGUACACAACAACAUUCUCUAUAUUUCUGGUGGAAAAUUUGAUGGACAGGGGAACAGCUGUAAAGAUGUGCACUCUUAUAACAAAUUACUAGGGCAGUGGAGAAAACAGGCCUCAAUGACAAUUGCGAGGUAUGGACACCAGAUGGCCACUGUUAAUGAUGCUAUAUUUACAUUUUUAGGAAUCUAUGAACCUUUCUCCGACAUAGAAAAAUAUGAUCCAUUAAACAAUCAGUGGACUCGUUUGAGGCCAAUGACCUUUGACCGUUUUUGCUAUGGUCUGGUUGUGGUAGAGCAAACUGUUCUUCUACUUGGAGGCAAGAAAUGGCAGGACUCUCAGGAGGUGGCAACGCACAAUAUUGUUGGGUAUGAUUCGGAAAAUGAUUGCUGGGAAGAAAUCUGCAGCCUAGCGUUUCCAUUCUGUGGUCUAAAGUGCGAUGUUCUACAGCUGUCUGACUCAAAUGAGAAUGAGGAAAAUCAAGUAGAACAGUUUACUCAGAUCAAAUGAUUCUACUGGUAAUAUAAUAAAUAAUAUGCAAAUUUACUUUUAGAAUAUUAAGUGGUUGUCCAGGAUUUAGAUUUGUUUAGAUUCAUUCCCCCCCCCCCCCCCAAAUCGCACCACCCAUGUCCAUACUUUGUAUUUGUAUUGUAACUCAGUUACAGUCAGAUGAUAAGGGCUCAGCUGCAGUUCUAGGCACAGCCUAUGAACAGGAUUGGCACUAUUUCUGGAAAAAGAGCAGCACUUUUUUUUUUUUUUUUAUCUCAGACAACCUCUUUGUAACACUUGUGUGGUUCUCCAUGGAUCCAUAACAUAGGGAGGUGCACAGAUAAUUCAAUAUCUAAGCUUGCUUAUCUAAGAUUAUCUAAUUCACGUGUCUAACACUGUUGUCAUCUGACAACCUAACUAAACAAGAAUUAUUGUAAGGUCCUAUAUGUUAAUAGCCAUAAUAACAUGGUAUGUGACAUAAGGAGGAGAAGAUAACGGGGUUAAGUCCUGGGAAAAAAAAGUGUGGAUUCUAGUGUGCAUUCUACUCUCACACUGGGCUAUAUGCAGGGUUCAAGUCCCCCAGGAACACAUGGGAACAGAGUUCCUACACUUUUUCCAUAGCAGAAACACUGUUCCCAUUAGCAGGAGUCCUGCAGGACCAGUCCUUGAGAUCUUAGGUGAGUUCCCCCACUUUCUUUUCCAGAACUUGACCACUGGCUAUUUGGCUAUCUGUUAAUAAUUUAUGCCUUGUUAUGUUAUUUAAUUACUCAGUUAUACACAUUUUUCUUAUACGCAUUUCUUAUACCUUUCUUAUCCAAUAAACAGUGGUUUGGAUUGUUAGUAAUAGCUUUCUGGCUGUAUUCAAUAUGUACAUAUAGGAGGAGAAUUAUCCAAACCUGUGUAGAGGAAAAGUAAAGCUGUUGUCCAUAGCAACCAGAUAUAUAUAUUUUUUAUUUUCCGGGGCCUUUUAAAAAAAAUGGAAGAAGCAAUCUGAUUGGUUGCUAUAGACAACUGUACUACUUUAAAGAGCUUUUGAUACAUCUCCUCCAUAGUGUAUGAUCAAAGUAGUCAAGCUGAGACAGAAGUCGUAUGCUUCUCACUUACAGGGUUAUAAUGUAUCAGUGUAUCAGUCAUUUCUCAGAGUUGAAUGGUUCCAGUAGGUUCUUGUUAUAGCCCUGAUCAGAUGAUAUUACUGAGAUAUAUUUAGUGUAUUUGUUUUUUUCUUUCUUUUCUUUUUCGUCUAUUUUUCUUUUGAAAUCAAUUAUGUUUUAUUGUUCCAAUGCAGAUGGAAUUAUGAAAAUAAAGAAACA